GCCCCCUGGGCGCGGCGGCCGGCUGAGGCGGGCAGCGCGCCGCCGCCCUCCUCGGCCCCGCCGCCCCGCGCCGGCCAUGGCGUAGCGGCCGCGGGAGGCAGGCGGCGAAGAUGAGUUUCCCGGCGGAGGACGGCGUGGGCAGCCUGUGCCACAAGGCGCUGCAGAUCAUCUCCGAGCUGUGCCUCGGCGGGCAGGUGGAGCGGGAGAAGUGCGCCGGCAUCUUCCCCCUGGAGACCGCCCGCCAGGGCAUCGGCGGCACCGACAUCUCAGUGAGUCUGUUAGCAGUAGUCGUCAGCUUCUGCGGGCUCGCCUUGCUGGUAGUCUCACUUUUUGUCUUUUGGAAGUUGUGUUGGCCCUGCUGGAGAAGCAAACCUCUCACUUCUAAUGCCAGUAAUAUCCCUCAAAGCAACUCCAGUGCUCCUACAGAGGUUUUUGAGACCUGUGAGAAAAAAGAAGUUAAAGAAAAUGGGAAACCUUCAACAAAGGUACUUGAAGCUGCAUUGAAAAUUAGCCACACUUCCCCUGAUAUACCAGCAGAGGUCCAGAAUGCACUGAAAGAACAUCUAAUCAAACAUGCACGCAUGCAGAGGCAGAUCACUGAGCCUACAUCAUCAUCAAGGCACAGUUCUUUCAGGAGGCAUUUACCAAGGCAAAUGCAAGUGUCCAGUGUUGAUUUUAACAUGGGGACAGAUCCAAUUUUACAGAGGGGAGAGACAACAACCAGCAUUGGGAGAAUAAAGCCAGAACUCUACAAACAGAAGUCUGUGGAUUCUGAUGGUCAACAAGAAGAUGUGAAAACCUGUGGAAAACUUAAUUUUACUCUCCGGUAUGAUUAUGAAAAUGAACUUCUUGGUGUCACAAUUGUCAAAGCCUUAGAUCUGCCUGCUAAAGACUUCACAGGAACAUCCGACCCCUACGUUAAGAUUUAUCUGCUUCCAGAUAGGAAAAAGAAGUUUCAGACACGAGUUCACAGAAAGACAUUAAAUCCUGUCUUUGAUGAAACCUUUCAGUUUCUUGUAGCCUAUGAUCAACUCAGCAACAGGAAAUUGCAUUUCAGUGUUUAUGAUUUUGACAGAUUUUCUAGACAUGACAUGAUUGGGGAAGUUAUUCUUGAUAACCUUUUUGAAGUCUCAGAUCUCUCCAGGGAAGCCAAUGUAUGGAAAGACAUCCACUGUGCCACCACAGAGAGCAUAGAUUUGGGUGAGAUCAUGUUUUCCCUUUGUUAUUUGCCUACUGCUGGGAGAAUGACCUUAACAGUCAUCAAAUGUAGAAAUCUCAAAGCAAUGGAUAUAACUGGAUCAUCAGAUCCAUAUGUCAAAGUAUCACUGAUGUGUGAAGGUCGAAGACUGAAAAAGCGAAAAACAACCACGAAGAAGAACACACUCAAUCCAGUUUAUAAUGAGGCCAUCAUCUUUGAUAUCCCUCCAGAGAAUGUGGACCAGGUCAGCCUUUCUAUUGCAGUGAUGGAUUAUGAUCGAGUAGGGCACAAUGAGGUCAUUGGGGUAUGUCGGACAGGAAUUGAUGCCGAAGGGCUUGGAAGAGAUCACUGGAACGAGAUGUUGGCUUACCCACGUAAACCAAUAACUCACUGGCAUCCACUAAUAGAGUUACCUGGCCGAGCAACCAGUUUUGAUAGCCAGGGAUCUUGUUCAUCACCAAAACCACCACUUACGCCCUAGGGCACAAGAAUGGAUUCAUCAUGUUCAGUGUCCAAAGCUCCCAUCUAGCUCACAUCUACAUUAACAGAAGGUUUGGCUUCCGCAGAUGAACUGUAUCCAUAUUUUUGUAUUAAAAUACAUUUUUCCUAUUCUAAGUCUUAUAUUACAGUUUAUAAUAAUUUCUUAACUUAUAAAUGAAGUUUACUUGAGCCAAAUAUAAUCUUUACUCUUGCAGAUUCAUUCACUUGUUUUCUCUCUGGCAUAUAUCCAGUGUCAUAUCCACGCAGCAUUUUGAUAUGAGCUAUACCUUUGCAUAGACAAAGAAAUCAGAAAAAAAAAUCUUAAGCAAUUCAAAGCAACUGCAGCUUGUAAUGCGUACUUCUUUUGAGGUAGAGCAAAUAGUCAUAUAUAGCUCUUGUAGUAAGUUUCCUCUAGAUUGCAUUAAAUCCUGUAUGACUUCUUAAGAUAACACUUCAAAGCGGACACGUCACGAAAAGACAACUGUUGUCACAUUUUGGAAAAUCAGUUCAUUCACAAGUAGGGAGGAGGGACUGAUCAAAAGCCCACUGAAGCUGAUGGGAAGGACCCUACUGGUUUCACUGGGUUUUAGUUCAGCCUUUAUGGACCAGAUUCCACAGCCAGGGCUACGCAGUUCGACUCUUCCAGCAGUCAGGAGAACAGCUGCGCGCAUGGGAGCUCAUUCACCUGCCAAGCAUAAAUACCUGACAUAUGCAGAGGUCCAGGCUCGUGUAGCCCUUUCACUUCAGCUGCUCACCAGCUGAUUCAGAGCUAGCACGAGUGUCUCUGCAUUGGCACUGAACAAUGCUGGUGUGGGUACCAUUUGGACAAUAAAUGUGUUCAUGAUGAGUCCUACUGAGGUCGAUGCAGCGGCACAGAGAUGUAAGUGUCUUCUGACGAGGUGGAUCCAGCCCCUUUGAAAUAGCCCAUUUGCUGUGGUCAUCGUGCAGUCCUUAUUCAAUCUUUAUUCAGACCAAACUGUAGCUGAGUGAAUACUCUGAAGUAAAAUAAUUUAUUUAAUGAAUUUUAGCUGUUCAAAAAAUGACCAGCACCUGCAGUUACACACAACAGACAUGUGAUUCUUGAUUUAGUGCAGCAAUAUUGGAUUUGUUUGAAGCUAUUUUGACUGAAUAUAUAGCUCACAUGGCUAUGCUGGUCCCUGGCUGGAUGCAUCCAGAAUUAGGUGUCCAGUAUCUAUAAAUCUAAGAUGUGCUUUAUAUCAAUAUAUGGAGAGAGAAAUCAAAGUGUAACAAUUUUAUAAACUAGUAAACUCAUUUAUUACAACAUACAGUGACAGCAAAUUCAAAAAAAUGUUAGCCGAAGUGAGCUAGUUUAAAAACUGGAAGAGAACUGCAAAUUAUUUUGUGGACUUGAUUCUUGAUAGCAUUAAAGUUUACCUCAAUCAGAUAGUUAUUUUCUUUAUAUUUUCCUAUAAAGGAGCCUGUGAAGGGCACAGAAAAGACUGCAUGAUUGGGUUUUGAAAGGUGAACUGCAACUUGAAAAAAGUUGGGGUGGUUGCUCUUUUUUGUAUCUUUGUAAUGUAUAAAGAAGACUGUGAAGAUAACAUUUUCCAAAAUAGCAUGUUUACAGAAGAAAAAUGUCAUACACAGAAAAAUGCCAAUGUAUAAGUGUUCCAUAAUAAUGAAAGAAUUUGUGAGAAUUAAUCUGGUUAUGAAGGGAAAAGGGUCUUAGGCAAACUUCUAAAGAACCAUUUUGGCUUGGUUUGUUUUUCCCAGUUAACAUAGAAUACGUUUAUAAAGAUCCAGUCCCUCUAUUCCUUUAGUUAAUCCCUGAGACAGUCAAAUAUGCCUUGAAGUGUCUUAACUGCUUCAGGAAAGCUAGGAAGGCUGGUCUUAACAUUCCAGGUGUUUCUGAGGCAAAAAAAAUCAGGUAUAAAAUAAUUUCAUACACACAACCAAAAGUGAAUAAACAAAUAAAGCUUUCAGUCAUUCCUUACAUAUUAAAAAACAAACAAACAAACAAACAAACAAACAAAAAGGCUCCAGCCCAAGUUUUUGAAUGUCCAUUGCACGUUGCUUUUCAUGGCCUCUGGAUAGAAAUAGUUUUUCCCAGAGAGGGUUGAUAAUGCUGUCCACUGAUCCUCUGUCCUCAAGAUUGUAUUUUAAUCAUGGUAAAUACAGAGCAGCCUUGCAGAAUUUCAUUCCUCCAUUUGCUCUGGGUGAGUAAAUUUUUAAAUAGGAGAAAAAGUUCUCCUUUGUGGGGACUUUUUCUCCCAUCAUUGUCAUCAUCAUGAGAUUUUGUGGCCUACAUCAUUUUCACAGUGAUUUUGCAAGAUUGUUACAGAUACAUAGGUAUACAUGUGGAGAUUGAAAAGCUAUUUUGUGUAUACAUUUAUCUUAAUACAAACUAUAUCAGAAGUGGCCUUUGUGGCCUAGAAGAUACUUUUUGUAAUGUGGUACUGUAACAGUUGACUAAAUAUUCUUUGCACUUUUUUGCACCUAAUAUCCAAAAAGCUAACAAUUUCACAAUCAAAUGUAGCAUAAGUGUUCAGCAAUGAGCAACAUCUUUUUAACUAUUUCAUUGUUCUGUUAGUAUCAUGUAUGUUUCUUUAUAAAUAGUAAGGUAUUUCAAUUUUCACUUUCUUAAAUUUAGAUUAUUAUCAAACACCAAAGGAAUAAUAGCUCAGUUUGUUCCCACUUGUUGAUUUUUUUGAUAUUGUUAAUAACAAUAGUGAAUGACUUAUGUAUCUAAACUUGAAUUAUGGGUGCUCUGCAUCUAUGAAAAAUCAGUUGGCAAUAUUGUCCAGACAUCUAAUUUCAAAAAUUCUCCCCUGGUUAAUUCUCUUCAGUCCCUUAUCAUUGAUUAAUAUAAUUAAUGUAAAAGAUGAUCAUUUUUCAUUUUUCACUGAUAUCUUAGAUAUCUCACAAGACAGUGUAUAUAUUUAAUGUAACCUAUCCAUUGGCUUUAGAGCCUGGUUCACAAGUUACUUUCUGAGUGUACUCACAAAAGUACUCUCUGAGUGAAAACAGCACAGUUUUCGUCAAUGAAUAUGUUGUUUUAUGUAGCUCUUCAUUAAGAGAUGUAAAAAGUUUUAAUUUUCAGCAGAGAUGUAAACUCGCUGCCCCCAUCCUGAAUGUUUAUAUGUCACUUAUCUGCAGUGUCACAAACAUUAGCCUAAUUUGAGAAAAACUGAAUUUGGCAAAUGAUUGGUGUAAAGAAUAUUCUGGUAAUUUUACAACAGUUUGAAAAACUCACACUUCUAAAAGCCUGAGUUAUUUUUUAUUGAAAUGAUUUACUGGAAACAUUAACUGUAUUUAAUAAGAAUUGUAUUUUGCACUGCAAAGCUUUUUGUACUUUCAAAACAGUAAACCACAGGACUGUAUAGAGAAAGUACAAGAUGGAUUAAGUGGUUCCAGGGGAGCUGCUAAAUUUUUAUAUUUAUUUUCAAUAAUGCACUGGAAAGUGAAAAAGCCCACAUACAAAUGUAUCUAAUGAGCCAUUCUAGUCUUUUGGGUAAAUAUUGUUUUCAAACAAUUGUUUCCCCUCCCCACAUUAAAUAAGUUUUCAGGGACCAUUAGAUUUGCUCUAAGCAACCAUAAAAUUGUUAUUAUAUCUAUGCAAAAUGUAAAGUAGGACCCUAAAACAGAGGUAGAUUUAGGAUUCCAGUGCAACUGCAAACAAUAGCUUACAUUCAAUAAGAUUCAGGUCACAUAUUGCACUCCUUUACUUCAACUUUAAACCUCUGUAUUGCAUACUUCUGCUGAUACGGCCCUUCCCCUUGCUCUCCCAGCAAAUAACUGUCUCUUCCCCCUUAUCUCUUCUCUAUACUGGGCUUCUGUUCAGUUACUAGAGACUUGACCCUUACUUUUGUCUGCACUGCUGAAAGAUAACUCCUGACCUUAACGUGUAGUAGUAUGAAACCUGUGGGAUUCUGACCAGUUGGCGUAGGAUAGCUACGUCUUUAUUCUCAUUCUACAGAAAGCUGACAAGGAAGUAACUUCUCCAAAGUCCCUUUUGAUCGUCAGAGUUACAGGGAGCAGUAAUACUGUCAGCUUUUUGGCUUCUAGAAACCAAUAAGAGAAUAAAAUACAUAUUCCUUAGCUGUUGGCCAGGAACAGAGAAAGUGGCCAGGACUCACUAAGAUAAAACAAAACCUAGUAUACCAGGUCAAAAGUUCCCCUUCAAAGUUGAUCUUUCAAUAUAUGGAAAUGUUUUGGCAUCUUAUGUUUAAAUACCAAAACUAGACAUUUUUCUUAAACGAUCACAACCAUAUUCAAUAUUUUUGAAGAAAAUUUUGAGCAAGCAUGAAAUGUUUUCAUUUGGGUUAAAUUUUUCCAAAGGAAAAAGCAAUCACUUUCUAACUACUUCUUUCUAUGGAUAUAUUUUCUUAACAAUGUUGCAAAAACAAAGUUUCCAGAAAAUAGACUUAUUCAGUCCAUCUAUUCUAUUUCUCAGUUUUUUGAUUAGCUUCAGUUAAAUCCUUUUGAAAGUUUUGAACAUGGUGAUGCACAACACAUAUAUGAUAAUCCAGUUCCAAGAUUACUCUGCUAUAUUUUUUUAAUCAGCUAACUGAUUAUAUCCCACACACUUUUAUAUGUAUUAGCUUUUUAUUAAACACCAUUAAUUUGAUUAAUGUUCUUACUUUAUACAACUUUUGAAAUCAUUUGACUAUAUUUUUAGACUGUGCAAAAGGUUGAAAAAGUGGGUGAGGAGCUAUUUUAGAACUCAGUAAGAGAGCUCUUUUCUUGAUGAAGAUGCCAAAUUUUUCAGAAAUCCAUGAAUGUGCCUGCAAAAAUUGAAUUUUUCUUAUUUGAGCUUGCAAAAGCCUAGAUAUUCACACACAAGUACUUACACUUGCAAAAUGUAUAAUCAUUAUUAUUUAGCAUUUCUAUUACAACCAAACAAUCAGGCCUAAUCAGAAAUAGGCUUCAAUUUGUGAUAAAUACUGGACAAAUCCAUAUUGAGAGACAGUUUCUUGACCUGAAAAGUUCAUAUGACUUUAUUCCUACAAAUGAAUAUACUUGAAAAUUCUGUAGGUGUAAAGUAUGACCUACAUGUGCACUGUUAAUUAGAUGGUGUUAAUUAACUUGCGGACAAAGCUCAUAUAAUAUCCAACAAUCCAAAAUAUGUAUAAACUAUAGAAUAUGAUGAGAAUAUUAGUCAUGUUUGAUGGAAAAUCUUUAUCAUUCCCACCACAGCUGAGAUUCAGUUUAAUCCUUAGCUCGCAGAUUCACUUUUGCUUGACUUCUGAGGCUUCUCAUUCUAAACUCGGUGCUUUCUAUUAUCAGAAAAUAGAUAAAUUGUACCACAAAACACCACAGAGCUAAGAAAGACAAAGGAAAAUGACCGAGAGGAUAUGGUAGUAAACGCACAGCUCUUGAGUGCAACUGCAACGCUCUGAAAUGAAAAGCUCCCUUUAAAACCAAUAAUCAUUACAAUAUUCAUAUCACUUGUCCGUUCUUCAUGUGCAUGAAGAAAGUGGGUGGUUCCUGAAUAAGCGUUAGCAUUGGGUACAGGAAUUAACUGAGGUGCUGAUCACAGCCAUUUGCCAUGUCCAAGACAACUAAUACCUUAACUUUAAAACUUUCUUUUCCUCCAUGUCGCCAGUCCAAAUAAAUAAAUGUCUCAUACACAAUUCCCCUUUUCCUUAGCCCUGGCUGGAAAUUGGCAGUUCUUUAACAGAACGCAGGAAACCCAGAGCUGGAACCCUAAGAGAAAGUGAAGCUGCAUGUGGGAUUUAAAUAUCGCAGGGGAAUCUGGCCAGGAAAACAGAACUAUCACCUUCAAUCGUGUGCUAAGUGCUAGGGGAUGCUUGAUGAUAACAAGUGCUCAGGGCUAUGAUUUUAUGUUUUAUCUGAUAGCACCUCUACGAUGUUGCUGUUGCUGGGAAACCUCUUCUUUACUGACUCAGAGAAGAGAAUGCUACUGGUAUUGCUAAUGUAAAAUUUUUCCACUCAAGCAUAGACCACGACUCUUAUGUUACAUGGGGCUCGGUCCUCUGGAAGGACACAAAGCAUGUAAAAUCUUUAAAACAAUUAAAGUGCUGCCCUGUACCAUCACAAGGACUAUUCACUUUGUUGGUACUAAGGACAAGCUUUGGUGCCUUACUGAACCCACAGAGCAUUUCCUAGAGUGCUCUUUAGUGCUAAAUGCAUGUUAAUGAAUUGUUGAUUAAAUAUAUUAGCAUUACUGAAGACCCUUAGUGUCAACAUUGGCAAAAUAUGACUAAUAAAUAUAAAUACAGGUUAAAUAGAUUCUCAGAGUACCAAAGCACUGUCUAGUAGGGAAGGCAGAAAGACUCUGAUAUAUAAUUCAUGACAGUGUGCUCUGAAAUUUGAACCUGCAGAAAGUCAGAUAACUGCUGUGAUGAAAGUGGAGCUUCUCUGUAAUAAUUUAUGAAUACAAUAUUUUGACUUGGCUAUUGGUCUAAAAUAAAGUGAGUUGAAUAAGUAAGCUUAAAAAAAGGGGGGGGGGGGAACAAUGGGCAGAGCAUGUCUGACAUCAAGGUGCUUCUUAGCAAAAACAGAGAUUUCCUAAAAGUUAAUAUCCAUGCUGGUGGCUCUGGAGAUUCUACCAGCUCCAUAGCCAGUCUCAAAAAUGCAGGUCAUCCAAAAUGGUGAAAGCCCAGGCAUGGAUAGGAAAAACAGAAUAGUAAAGAUCAGGAGAUCUGCUAGAGAAAAGGGAAGAUUUGUGUUUGAGCAGUCUGCGAUGCAAGCUGUUGCUGAAGUUCACAGAGAAAUUAGACUGGAUCAGCCUCCCAUUAAUAGUGGAAAACCUUUAGCCAAGGUAGAUAUGCAUGUAGCCUGUUAUUUUCAAAUCCUUUUCUUUUAAAUAUUUAAGCUUACCAUUAAACACUAUGUUUUCAAAGGAGCAUUCACAGGCUCCCUGAAAAAAAAAAGUUUCAAAUCCAUUCAGACUUUCUGAGUUCACACCGUUAUUACAGAGACAGUGUCCCUGAGCCUAGAGUAACUGCCUUGUUUAGCCUUUAUGUGAUUCCUAUUAUCAGAGAUGUUCUAAAAACUGCUUGUCAACAUAAGAGACUGGCAUCUUAGGCACCUAACAUUACCAUCACCAAAAAGCAAUCUGUUUUUUGGGGCAGCUUGCCAAUAAAUUUCUGAGGAAGAGGAGUUGUGGGCUGUCAGCUGUUUUUAUAAAGCAGGUCUGUUUAUAUGAAUACACUUACAGUUUGCAAGGUGGCAGAGAUAGAGGGGGCAUGUUAGUUUGUUUAAUAAGCUAUGAGUUGAGACUCAUCAGAAGUGAAGAGGACAGAACAAGUAAGAAGAUAUUUAAAUGCUUUUGUAGAAUCUGGGUCAUGAACACAAGAGAAGAUAGGAGGCAAAGAAAGCCCACUGAGCAUGUAAAGAAGUCUCUAGAAAAAACUGUUAAAAACGAAAGUGAAGGAUAUAAGAAAGGGGUGAAUUGCGAGUGUUUUCAAUGGUCAGAAAAUGUGCAUGUAGCAAACACUUCCAAAAGAAAGAUGUUGCAUGCAAUUCCCCAACCUCAUGUCUUGUACAGACAUUUGCAAGCUUGCAAGGGCAGUGGGGAGCCAUGUUGCAGACAUGGGUCUGUUCUUAAAAUAAAAAUGGCCCUCAGCCCCAGAGAUCCUGAUCCCAGAGGAUUUCCAUGGCAAAGAGCACUGUCAAUUGCUCACAGCAUAUCCUACCCUUACGGUCUAUCUCUUGCAGCAUGGUUGGGACCAAAAGGCGCACAGCCAGGGUAUGAUCAGACACAUUCCUCUCUAUUUGUUAUAAUGACCUUUUAGUUUUUUGGCACCUGACAUAGAUUUGAGAGUCUCCGAAAGGUGAAAACUGAUUUUUAUUUAAUGUCACCUCUCGCAUUUUCAAAGCUUCAGACAAUCAGUACUUGAAUUAGAAACCAGUAGGAAACACCUUUUGAAAAUGCUACUGCAAUUCACAAGGUACCAGUUUUGUUUUCAAAUCAUGGCUAGACUAAUGUCACAAAAUGGUGUAAGAGUUACCAGGCUGUUGCAGGUGCCAGAUGACUCACAAAAGUGAGAUCAUAAUUAUAGUGUAUUUCUCACUUAAUAUCCCACAGCUCUUUGUGUAUGAGUAGGGUCCUGGAACUGAUGUUCCAGACAAAUCCCAUCUCCUCCUGUUCUUCCUAUUCAGGCAGCUUCAGCUGAAUAAUGAAUUCUUCUUCCUUUGUCCUAAAUUGUCACAUAGUACUGGGUGUGCUGUGAUUCUUUCACCCUGGGAGUGACUGCAUUUUACUAAAAAUUAGAGUGGUCGAUACAUGACCAUUACUUCCCUCGCCACAGUUUUCUGAGGUUUAAUUGCAUAAUAAUAGUUAUGAGGGAAAUGACUACAUAGCUGAACAAGUCAUAGAUGUGCAAAAUGUACUUAUUUUUGGCAGACGGGUAUGUGUGGAGGGGUGUGUGUCUUCUUUAUGUAAAGAGAGACUUGGCUACCCCAGAAAAUGAAAAAGGAGGAGAUUCAGCAGACUCUCCAAAGAGCACUUUAAACAAUAUUGCAUUUAUUCCUUUCACGCUUUACACAGGGCAAGUGUUUAAUGUUCUUAAUUAUCCUUAUGGCAUAGGAACUUGGUUAAUUUAUUUACUCUUUAACCUUCUCAGUUCUUAGUCCACCAAAUCAUUCUUUUUCUAUUAUUAAGUAAAUUUGAGCCAGAGAGUCAAAAUCACCAACUAUAAAGUGUACAGCUUUAUCUCAGCCAGCAACUGAAUCUACACAGCUCGACGUUUUAUGUAUUAUUCUGAAAGGGAGCCUGGCACUACUGCACUUUACCUACUUGCCAGUAGCAGAUAGACAAUUGUAGGUCAUAGCCAGGAAGCUCUGAGGAUUAAUUUCUGAAAUCUUGGGUCUGAUUCUGCAAGCCCUCAAGAAACAGGGCAACCCAUGAAGUCAAACAGCAGUCCUACCUAAAGAGGGCUUGAUAAUGAGCAAUCCAUGCUGAGAAAAGAGAUUUAAUUCAGAUAUUUCAAGGCAUCUUUCAGAAUUUUUUGCCUCGUUUUCUGUACUGUUGUUAAAAAUGUACUUUUUUUAAGACAAAACUUUAUAAUUUAAUCUCUAAGCAGGGCAAAAAGCGGUACUCAAGUACCAAUCUACUCAUGCACUGAAGAUAAUAUUGAUGCAAAAAAAAAAAAUUUUUAAAGCCUUUUAGCAAAAAUGUUUAUGACAGCAAAAUAUAAAGAUGCUGACAAGAACACAUUCAAUUUUUUCUGUGAUUUUUUUCCUUUUUUAAUUAGAAUUAAAACACUUCACCCCCUUUUUUGGCUCUAUGAGAAAACCGCAAAGUGGUAAAUGUAUCUACUGUAGCUUUAAUAUUUAUUAAAAUAAUAUAGCACAAAAAGUGAUUCAGUUGAGCCUUUUAAGGUGUACUUUUAACAAUAAUACACAUUUGUAUAUUCUGCA